AUGGCUCGUGCUAUUGGUAUUGAUUUGGGUACAACAUAUUCAUGUGUUGGUAUAUUUCAAUAUGGUAAAGUUGAAAUUAUUGCUAAUGAUCAAGGAAAUCGAACAACACCAUCAUAUGUUGCAUUUAAUGAUAGUGAACGUUUAAUUGGUGAUGCAGCUAAAAAUCAAAUAGCUAUGAAUCCUUCUAAUACAAUAUUUGAUGCUAAACGAUUAAUUGGUCGUAAAUUUGAUGAUGUAACUGUACAGUCAGAUAUGAAACAUUGGCCAUUUAAAGUAAUUAAUCAUAAUGGAAAACCAAAAAUUCAAGUUGAAUAUAAAAAUGAAACAAAAUUAUUUACACCAGAAGAAAUUUCAUCAAUGGUUUUAACAAAAAUGAAAGAAACAGCUGAAGCUUUUCUUGGUAAAACCAUUUCUAAAGCUGUUGUUACUGUUCCAGCUUAUUUUAAUGAUUCACAACGACAAGCAACAAAAGAUGCUGGUAUUAUUGCUGGUCUUGAUAUAUUACGUAUUAUUAACGAACCAACAGCAGCAGCUAUUGCUUAUGGUUUAGAUAAAAAGAAUUCUGGUGAAAAAAAUGUUUUGAUAUUUGAUUUGGGUGGUGGUACAUUUGAUGUAUCGAUACUCGUACUUGAUAAUGGUGUUUUUGAAGUUAAAUCAACAUCUGGUGAUACACAUUUAGGUGGUGAAGAUUUUGAUAAUCGUAUGGUUACACAUUUUAUACAAGAAUUUAAAAGAAAAACAAAUAAAGACAUAUCACAAAAUAAACGAGCUAUUCGUCGUUUGCAUACAGCAUGUGAACGAGCUAAACGUACAUUAUCAUCAUUAUCUCAAACAUCAAUUGAAAUUGAUUCACUUCAUGAAGGUAUUGAUUUUUAUUCAACAAUAACACGUGCUCGUUUCGAAGAAUUAUGUACUGAUCUAUUUCGUUCAACACUUGAACCAGUUGAAAAAGCUUUACGUGAUGCUAAAAUGGAUAAAUCAAAUAUUGAUGAAAUUAUACUUGUUGGUGGUUCAACACGUAUUCCAAAAGUACAAAAAUUACUUCAAGAUUUUUUUCAUGGUAAAGAAUUAAAUAAAUCAAUUAAUCCUGAUGAAGCUGUAGCGUAUGGUGCAGCUGUUCAAGCAGCUAUUUUAACUGGUGAUACAUCAGAAGAAGUUAAAAAUGUUCUUCUACUUGAUGUUACACCACUUUCAUUGGGUAUUGAAACAGCUGGUGGUGUUAUGACAACACAAAUUAAACGUGGUACAAAUAUUCCAACAAGACAAACACAAACAUUUACAACAUAUUCAGAUAAUCAAUCAGGUGUUGAUAUAAAAGUUUUUCAAGGUGAACGUGCAAUGACAAAAGAUAAUCAUCUACUUGGAAAUUUUCAAUUAAGUGGUAUUCCACCUGCACCACGUGGUGUACCACAAAUUGAAGUUACAUUUGAUGUUGAUACGAAUGGAAUAUUAAAUGUUACUGCUGUUGAAAAAUCAACUGGUAAAGAAAAAAAUAUAAAAAUACAAAAUAAUCAAGGUCAAUUAUCACCAGAAGAAAUUAAAGAAAUGAUUCAAAAUGCUAAAAAAUAUGAAAAAGAAGAUGAAUUACAACGUGAACGUAUAAAAGCAAGAAAUUCACUUGAAUCAUAUUGUUUUAAUAUGAAAGCAAGUAUUAAUGAUGAUAAAGUUUCAUCAAAACUUUCAAUUAAUGAAAAAACAAAAAUACAUGAAACAAUUGAAUCAACAUUAAAAUGGAUAGAAUUAAAUCAAUUAGCUGAAAAAGAUGAAUUUGAACAUAAAUUGAAAGAAAUUGAAAAUAUUUGUUCAUCAAUCAUAACUAAAAUUUAUGGAAAUGAAAAUGAUAUGUCAUCAGAUCAUAAUUCAUCGAAAUCAAAUGAUCAUGGUCCAACUAUUGAAGAACUCGAUUAA